UGAAAAACACACUUGAAAUCCUCAAGCAAUACCCUCAUACAUACAGCUGUUGUUUCUCCCAGUCUACAGUUUCUAUCAUCGAGAAUGUCUAUUGUUUUGGCGAUUUUGCUGUUUUGUGCUGCCGGUUGCUUGGCUGAAGAUUUGACUGCGGCAGAGCAGUACAGGCCAGCUUACAAAUCAGAAUACCCAGCCCACAGACCAACAUAUUCUGAGCCAAAAUACCCUUCUUACAGUAAACCAUCCUAUCCAUCAUACCCAUCUCACUCAGCGUACCCAGCCUACCCCAAGUAUUGCGAUCCUAAAGCCGCUCCCAAAUGCGCUGAGAAUUCCACUGGUCAUUGGUGUCUGACUGAUGAGGAAUACCCCGUCUACGAAGUCAAGUACGCCAUCGACUACGAUCCUUUAGUCUUGAAGAAGUACGCCGAUGUUGCUGACCAGUCCGCCGACGAUUUGGUUGAUGGCAUCACCAAGGCCCAAGAAGAGAAAUUCGAUUACUCUUUCUACAACGGCAAGCAGUUCGAUCAGGGCAACUGGGUUGGUGGUGAAGGUUUCAUCUGCCCCAGCUCCGUCGCUUACGCUCGCCCUCUUCGUGCUAAGAACACUGCUGGUGAAUGGCGUGUCAUCGUCCAAGACAUCGCCUGGCCGACCUACACCCAAACCCAACGGACCGAGACUUGCUUGUUCCCAGAAGCCGCUUGCCGCACCUUGGCCCCUUGCCACUUUAGCAAAUGCCUACAGAAGCACACCGUCCACCGCAUGCUCUCCUUCGAUCCUUGCGAUACCCAGAGAGGUCUCUUCAUCGACAUCUACAAGCUGCCAUCGGCUUGCUCUUGCCACAUCCCCGUCAAGGCUUAAGCUGAUUAAUGAGAUCAACAACAAACCCACCUGAUAAAAGACCAUGCCCGAUUUCUCCUACCCCUUAAAGACACUACUACCCUGUCUUGGACCCUAACGGCCUCCAGAUAAUACCCAAAACGUCAAGUUAAAGAGAGGGACUGCGUUCAAUUAAACAACGGUACCGCCAACCGUUAAUCCUCUCCAACACAGGGAUCGUUUUUUGUAUUCUGUGGAUUUGUCCUUAACCCCUUCAGUCUUCUUUCAUCUUCAAAUUAAAUGCGAGCCACUGAAAAUUCUUUUUCAAAUGAAAUAGAAAGGUAUUUAUUAUUC